AUGAAGCUCAAGAAACAGCCUCUUGAUGUCCCUGAGGAAGUUUAUCCCCUGCACAAGCUAGACGACAUCAAAGAUUUCCGCAAUCAUGUAAUAUGGAUGAUGCGAUUCAAUGAUGUCCUCGAUGCCGAGAUGUUGGCCGAUUCUCUGUCAAGACUGCUGGAGAUUGGAGAUUGGAAGAAACUCGGUGGGCGCCCCACUGACAUUGACAAGGCCGAUGGAAGAUUAGAAGUUCACUUUCGGAAGUCAUCAACGACUGGGCAACGGAAUGUGUUUUUCACUCACGAUACCCAUGAUAUGCGAAUUCAAGACCACCCAGUAGCUAGUCGUUUGCCACAAGCGACAGAUGGGCCAUCCACUUAUCUCGUUUCUGAUGAUUUUCGGCCGUUUAUUGCCCGCGCAAAUUUUCCAUCUUUUGCUCAAUCAGUACAGCAAAAUGAGCCUCCGAUAUCGCUGCAUGUUACCUCUUUCAAUGAUGCGACGCUUCUCGCUCUGUCGUGGCCCCAUGUCUUGAUGGACGCCUCGGCGGGAAAGGCCCUCUUAUCCGGCUGGACGUCGGUAUUGGCCGGCCGAGAAGACAGUGUGCCUAUGGUAAUUGGCGCACGAGACGACGUUCUCUUGCAAACAACAAUGUCGGAGAAGCAGGACAGGGACGAAGAAUUCAAGCUCGAAAAGAAUCGCAUGACGGGGGCUAGUCUGCUUGUUUUCUAUUUACGAUGCCUGUGGGACAAGAUCUGGUAUCCUCGGCAACAGCGAGCUGUGUUUAUACCACAAGCUGUUCUACAUAAGCUGAAAGCCGAGGUUCAACAGGGAAUCAUAAAGAGCAGCCCGAGCAGUCACGACGUGCCCUUUGUGAGCGAAAGCGAUAUACUGAUAGCGUGGAUUUGCCAAGCAGCUGCAUCCAGCACGUCAAAAUCCCGCCCCAUGACAAUCAUGAGCUUCCUAGACACCCGUUCUCGAAUCCCUGAGAUAUGCACAUCGACCGGCGUAUUUCUACAGAAUAUGGUGCUCUCAACGUACGCAUUUUUAUCUCCUCAGACUGCGAACGGCCCAAUUGGGCCGAUUGCUAUCAGUCAUCGCCGCCAUUUUGCAGAACAAUCCAGCGAAAACCAGACACUAUGUUUUCUGAGGAGUGUGUACCGGGAUAUUGAUGCGGUCAAGUCCCCAAGGCUGGUAUUCGGCGAGCCAAAUGCCGUGCCAAUCCUGAUCAACAAUGUGAGUAAAGCGGAAUUGAUCAAACUUGUCGACUUCAGUCCAGCAGUUGUGCACCAGGGCGAGAGCGCAGAGACAAGGAGAAACCCCCUAGGGACCAUGGUCACAUACUGGAAUGAAGGGCUUGAGCGAGGCUGGAGUGGUUUCAAUGUUUGCUGGAUGCAGGGCAGAGACCACGAUGGGAACUUCUGGAUUAUGGCAAACUUAUUACCGGAGGCAUGGUCACGGAUAGAGGAACAUUUGCAGAAUUUACAUGACAUGAAAGUCUACACCAGAGAUGUUUCAGCUUUACUCCUUGCUUUAGUCAAGGACAAUGUGGAUCCUCAUGAGGUCACUGGUUGUGAUGCAUCGCGCAUAUCAAAUGUGGGUCCGGCGCGGGGCUACCGGGACAUCAUUCGCCGCCAGCUGAAGGCGCUGAAAGCAGAGAAAGCUGGCGACUUCACCCAAGCUGAGCCGCCACAUACUGUUAAUUAA